AUGUCAAACGUAGAGGUCACAGAGAACGGGACUGCUCCCACCAUUCACAAGCCCCAUCACAAUGCUUCGCUGCCUUACCAGUCGGUCGGCGACUUCCUCUCCAACACCAACAACUUCAAGAUCAUUGAGUCUACCUUGAGAGAGGGAGAACAGUUUGCCAAUGCCUACUUUGACACAGAGACCAAGAUCAAGAUUGCCACGGCUCUCUCUGACUUUGGUGUCGAGUACAUUGAGCUCACCAGCCCUCUCGCUUCUCCCCAGUCCCGCAAGGACUGCGAGGAGAUCUGCAAGCUUGGCCUCAAGGCCAAGAUCCUGACUCACGUGCGAUGCACAAUGGAAGAUGCCAAGGUCGCCGUUGAGACAGGAGUCGACGGUGUCGACGUCGUUAUUGGCACUUCUCAAUUCUUGAGAGAGCACUCUCACGGAAAGGACAUGACUUACAUCAAGGAGUCUGCCAUUGAGGUUAUCCGAUACAUCAAGAGCCAAGGCAAGGAGGUCCGAUUCUCUUCCGAGGACUCUUUCCGAAGUGAUCUUGUCGACCUUCUCAGCCUUUACCAGGCUGUUGACAAGGAGGGUGUUCACCGUGUUGGUGUCGCUGACACUGUCGGCUGCGCUUCUCCUCGCCAGGUCUACGACCUUGUCCGCACUCUCCGUGGUGUUGUCGGCUGCGACAUCGAGUGCCAUUUCCACAACGACACUGGCUGUGCUAUCGCCAACGCCCACGCUGCCCUCGAGGCCGGCGCCACCCACAUCGACACCUCAGUUCUCGGAAUCGGCGAGCGUAACGGUAUCACCCCUCUCGGAGGUCUCUUGGCCCGCAUGAUCGUCAACAGCCACGACUACGUCACCUCUCGAUACAAGCUCCACAAGCUCAAGGAGAUUGAGGAUCUCGUCGCCGAGGCCGUCGAGAUCAACGUCCCCUUCAACAACUACAUCACCGGUUUCUGUGCCUUCACCCACAAGGCCGGUAUCCACGCCAAGGCCAUCCUCAACCAGCCUAGCACAUACGAGAUCAUCGACCCUGCUGAUUUCGGCAUGUCCCGAUAUGUUCACUUCGCGUCUAGAUUGACUGGCUGGAACGCCAUCAAGAGUCGUGUUGAGCAGCUCGGACUGAACAUGACCGAUGAGCAGAUCAAGCAAGUUACUGCCAAGAUCAAGGACCUGGCUGAUGUGCGUCCUCUCGCUAUUGACGACACGGACUCAAUUAUCCGCUCUUUCCACUUCGAUCUCCAGAAGGCUUAG